AUGAAUCCGACACCUGCACACACCAUGGAAAAAAAAAGCGAUUCCAGUUCUGGGAGUCCACCAACAAGCAGCCUACCGCUGCGCUGCGUAAAGUCAUUCGCAAAAACAACCGAUUUAAAGUCGUCUGCGAAUACCUUACAAAGCAACUACGCAUCGUCGUUAGCUAGCAGCUUCCACCAAAUCGAUUACGGCUCUAUUGCUAGUAGUUCACGCUACACCGAUUUCAGCUCUUACACCAGCUUGCAGCGCACCAAGUACGCGUCGACCGACAGCAUCUCACACCGGGUCACCACCAGCUUACCGCUAGACUUUGACACAUACAGCUUACAGACAACUAGUCCAAAACCGACUAGUCUUCGAGCUAUUGAUAGUGAGAUAGAUGAGAUUAUUCAAUUGUUCCAACCGAAUCGGCUUCGGGUCCGAUCGACUCCGAACAGUCCCUGUAUAUCCUACUUCGAGUCGGUCUCCAGCGUAUCUGACUUAUCAACACCUUUGGUAAGUCCUCUGGGCUUAGACGUGGUCAGUCCGAGCCAGCUGGGUGAAGAACAGCGGAACGCCCUGAGCCCAAUAACGGCGGAUCAGGGGCCGAUCACCCCACCAUCACCUUUUAAGAGUGAUGAACUAUUCCCAUUAACUUACAGACGUCGUGGGCCCUGGUUAAAUGACCCGGGGCCAGAUGUAGCGAAGGACGUGAAACUCUUUAAUUACAACGAUUUGAACAAUAUAGACCGCGCGUAUGAGUGCCGUUUGAUCUCGAGGGGGGAGUACUCGUGUUUGUGCAAGCAACGGCACCAUAUGAUAUAUGAGGCGUUGUACUGCAGUGGAGGUCUUGGGCGUUACCCGAGCGAUACACGCUUCGUCGUCCUCUCGAUGUCACCAGAGCAAUGGCUAUCUAAGAAUGGGGAUGGUCUUUCCUUGACGAACUCGGAUUCAGAAUAA